AUGGGUCAUGGUUUUUUAGCAAAUGAGUUCCAGAAAACUGAUAGGAUCGAUGAAGUGAUCGGUCUUGAUCUCGAGCUUUCUGCCAUGGCCUUCUGUUAUCAGCCUUUUAUGCCCAUAAUGGGAGACAAUGCAUGUGGAUGGAGCCUCCCCUUCUCAGGAGAAAUCAGGGAUACUAAGAGGCUCAGACGAACUAUUAGCAUUCCUGAAUCAAUCGGAAGUUCUGGUAGUCUUUCCAGUGGUGGAAACAGCGAUAGCAGUUUGAGCCGCAGCGGCAGCACUAGUAGCUUGAAUAGCUUUUCAAGGCUGCAUUUCAGAGAUCAUGUAUUGACUUAUAACCAAAGAUACCUUGCUGCUGAGGCUGUAGAAGAGGCAGCGGCUGCCAUGAUCAGUUCUGAGGAGAGUGGAGGCGAAGAAGAUGAAACAGCCGAUGGGAUGAGGCUUGUUCAGCUUCUCAUUGCUUGUGCCGAAGCUGUGGCUUGUCGUGACAAAUCACAUGCCUCAGCUUUGUUAUCCGAGCUUCGAGCCAAUGCUCUGGUCUUUGGCUCUUCCUUCCAGCGCGUAGCUUCUUGUUUUGUUCAAGGUCUUGCUGAUCGUCUCGCUUUGGUUCAACCACUUGGGACGGUUGGCCUUGUUGCACCUGUGAUGAACAUAAUGGACAUUUCCUCGGACAAGAAAGAAGAAGCUUUGCGCCUUGUUUAUGAAAUUUGCCCACAUAUACAGUUCGGUCAUUUCGUAGCUAAUUCGUCGAUAUUGGAAGCCUUUGAGGGAGAGAGUUUUGUCCAUGUGGUGGACUUGGGGAUGACCCUUGGUUUACCACAUGGUCACCAAUGGCGCCACCUGAUCCAAAGCCUUGCUAACCGUGCUGGCAAAGCACCCAGCCGCCUGCGAAUCACGGCGGUUGGCCUGAGUGAUCAUAGGUUCCACAUCAUUGGUCAAGAGCUUGAGGCCUGUGCAAAAGACUUGGGAAUGAACUUGGAGUUCUCCGUUGUGAAAAGCAACUUAGAAAACCUGCGGCCUGAAGACAUCAAAGUAUUUGAUGGAGAAGUACUUGUUGUGAACAGCAUUCUUCAGCUGCAUUGUGUGGUUAAAGAAAGUCGGGGAGCUCUAAACUCAGUUCUGCAGAUGAUUCACGAGCUCUCACCAAAGGUUUUGGUGCUAGUUGAGCAGGACUCAAGCCACAAUGGACCCUUUUUUCUGGGGAGAUUUAUGGAAGCACUGCAUUAUUACUCAGCAAUUUUUGACUCCCUGGAUGCUAUGUUACCCAAGUAUGACACCAGGCGUGCCAAGAUGGAACAGUUUUACUUUGCAGAGGAGAUAAAGAACAUUGUGAGUUGUGAGGGCCCGGGGAGGGUUGAGCGGCAUGAGAGGGUGGAUCAGUGGCGUAGGAGAAUGAGCCGUGCAGGAUUUCAGGCUGCACCACUCAGGAUGAUGACUCAGGCCAAGCAAUGGCUUGGGAAGAACAAGGUCUGUGAAGGUUACACGGUUGUGGAAGAUAAGGGAUGCUUGGUUCUUGGUUGGAAAUCCAAGCCCAUUGUUGCAGCUUCUUGCUGGAAAUGUUAA